GCUAUGACGCUUUCAUGACGGUUGAUGAUGGAUGGCCCAAUGGAAAAAUGGAUGAGCUACGUAGCGUUUUUGAAUGCUUUGUUUUUUUUCACGUCGUUGUUUUUUCCUGUUUCCCUUAUUCUUUCCAUAGCCGAGUUGACACGUCGAUGGUGGACCUGGAAUGGUUUUGUGGUACCUGUAAAGCUAAGCAACAGCCGACAGGUACAGCAACAAUCUGCUAGUUUAUCAUUGACGAGAAUACAAGUUGUUCUUGC